UCCAUGCAAUGAUGCAUGAUUUACGUAGGAACAACAACAACUGGACAAAUCGGAUCAUGGCGAACAUAAUUGAGACGCAGCAAACGGAGGAGAUGUUGCUGAUGGAUCCAAACGUAUCCUAUGUCUACGUUACUGAAGGCAAUGCUUCUCUCGCCGCGGAAGAGAGCGCCACUCCCAGUGUGUAUAGCACAGAAGGAGCCGGUCUUGAAAGCACAGAGCAUGUUUAUGCUGCAGAGGUCAUUCUAAAUGCAAUGGGAGAAGCUGUUCAGCAACAAAAUCAGCAGCAAAAGCAAGACCCAAGCCCUGAAUGUUCUCCAGCUAUGCCAAAGAAGAAGUCUGUUACACCACGAGAGAAAAAGAUGAAGGCAAAAGAGGAUCCAGCUGCAUACGACAUGACAACUGCAGCUCCAGGAACCUGGUUUAAGUGUGAUGAGUGUGAAGCUGGUUUCACGCGAUCAGCCGACCUCAUCCAACACGUACAGAUCGUACACAACGUGUCCGAAUACUGGAAGUGCAAGCACUGUCCACAAAUUUUCAUCUAUAAGAAGAAUAGGACUAUGCAUAAGAAGAUCCAUCGUGGGGAGAAAAGGAGGAUGUGUUACCUGUGCAGCUACCGCUGUGUGAACGUGAACAGCCUGCAGAAGCACAUGCGCAUCCACGCGGGCGAGCGGCCGCACAGAUGCACGCUCUGCGCGAUGGCGUUCCGUCAGCCCGGCCACCUCACCGUGCACAUGCGCCGACACACGGGCGAGAGACCGUUCGCGUGUGAUCGCUGCGGCCGCACGUUCAGGCAGGUCGGACAUCUACGCUCGCACGAGGCCUUGCACCAGAGGGCGCUUCAUGCAGCCGCCGCGCCGCGCACGUGGUCGUGCGUCAUCUGCCAGGAGAAGUUUUCGAGCACGCCGGAGCUGAUCGAACAUAAGAAGAUUCACGGGGAGUUUCCGUACAAGUGCCACGAGGAGGGAUGCGAGACUGCGUGCAAGUUCCGCAAUGAGCUCACUCUACACGUGCUCACCGUACACAAGGGCAAGGAACCAUUGAAGUGCACAUACUGUGAGAUGAUGUUUGCCUACAAGAAGGACUUGGAUAGACACGUCGUCAGUCACACAGGAGAGAGAAACUACGCGUGCAAGUACUGCAGCAAGACGUUCGCGCGAGAUGUGCAUCGCACCAUCCACGAACGUGUGCACACAGGUGAGAGGCCAUACCUGUGUAAGAUCUGUGGCGAGCGAUUUCGCGACAUGUCUAACAUGAAGAAGCACCUGAGGAGACACGUCACCGUGCGGCCGUAUCGCUGCAAGCUCUGCGCAGACAAGGCUUUCUUCGAGAAGCGUUCUCUUAGGAAGCACUAUAAAACCAUGCACAAAGACGUCGACGUGGGCGUCAUCGAACCCGUCGGUCCCACGCUUCCCGCCAACUUUGGGGAACUGGUGAGAGGCUGUCGUACGGACCGGCUACCCGUCGCUGAGGUGGCGGCAGAGGGAGCGUCGGCAACCGUCGCCGCGGACGUUGCCGUCAUGCAGACUGCCGCCGCCGCCGCCGCUGCUGUCUCUACAGAGCAGGUGAUCAUGCCAGCUAAAGGUGCGACCGCUCCCACUUGCGACCGCUGCAAGAAGUCGCUGGCGACCAUCUACCUGAUAGACAGCGAGAAGACGCAGAGAUGUCCCAGUCUUUUCAGGUGCUCGAAAUGUUACGAGGCAGAGAACACCACGAACCCACAAUCGAAAGUUGUCCAAGUGAAUCCACCUUCAGCAGGUGAACCGCCGCAUUCUUCACCGACUCCGGCCAUCGGUGACGGAACAGCCCCGCUCACGACGGAGAAAUACUGUCGCGUGUGCAAGAGCUCGUUUAACAACGCGGGUGCUUACCGUAACCACAUGAGCGUGCACAAAGGUGAGGUGAGAAGUUACACGUGUCACCUGUGUGAGGCAAUCUUCAGUAGUGAGGAGGACGCCAGUCCGCAGGAGCGAUACGCGAGCCUGCGGGCCCACUACGACACCGCACACCGCAGCAGUCACCUGAAGGUUACACAGCCAGAAACGUCGAAUGCCUCUACACUGGAUAAUGAUAGCAAGGAUAUAAGCACAACUAUAAACACACGUUCACCGACCAGCAUUACAAUGACAAACGGCAAGGCAGAGAUUCCAGUAGUUGGCGCCACCAAGACAUCAGCCGCUACAGCGACUUCCAAAACCUGGGCGCCGCCACUCAAAACGACGCCCUCUUUUGUCAAAUCUCAGUCGCGACACCAGGGGGCAGGUGCCCAGCACCCAACGCCGCAGAUCGACAAACAGAAGAGCAUCGCCUGCGACAUCUGCCACCUGGUGGGCAACAACGAAGUGAGCAUCGCAAAGAUGCGUAAGCUUGUCUACUACGAGAACAAUCACACGGAGUUCAUCUACCGUUGCCAAGGCUGCGUCAGUCGCCACGGCGUCGGCAAGACAGCCGCAGCCGUCGCCGCCGGCAACCGCAGCCUCACGCUUCCCGCGCGGAACACGAGCGUGCUCGCGGACGUGCAGAACCGCCGGCAGGGGGCGCCGCCGCCGGACGACGACGACGAUGCGGGGAGCAUCAGCGCGCCGGCGGUGCGCGUGCAGAUCUCGCGCGAUCAUCAGCGCGGCUCGCGGGGUUUCAUCGCGCGUGACCACGGUACACAGACCGCCGGGCUGCUCUCCUGCGAGGUGUGCGGGGAGAGCGUGUCCGUGCGCCGGCACCACGAGCCGGGCAGGCAGGUGUGGCGGCUUGCGACCGCGUGCGGCGAGUGUCGACGCGAGUGCGCGUCUCCCGGCGCCCUCGCCUCCCACGCACGCCUCCACGACGCCGAGUCAUCGCUGCAUCCGUGCGGCGUGUGCGCGGCCACCUUCAGCCACGCCGGGCUGCUGCUAUACCACGAACGCACCGCGCACGGUGGCGGCGCGCGGCGGCGGCGGCCACGCCCGGGGUUCGAACCGGUCACCGACGACGAUGACGACGACGUGGGGGAGGCGCGGUGUGGGUUGUGUCGGCGAGGAUUCGCGAGCCAGGAGGCGCUGCAAGAGCACGCGGCGACGCACGCGGGAGAACGCCUUCUCUACAUCGAUGUGCGACCGACCGACCGACACCCGUCCCUCGCUGCUCGCAAGGAGAACCUACACCCGGGGGAGGGAUCCCCGCUCAAGGAGGAGGGUGGGGGACGGGAGAGGACGGGGGAGGAACGGAGGCGGGAGCGCGUGGAGGCGAGGUGCAGGGACGUGGCGAGGGUAGCGAGGGAGGAGCUAGAGGAGGAGGGUGUGGAUCUCAGCGAGCGUGACUGCCAGCGCAUCAAGAGGCUCCUCCUAGAGACGGCCGGACUCGUAGAUCGCGACCUUCCCGCCGACCUCCUCAAGAUGUCCGCCAGGACGUCGGCGGCGGCAUCGCGACGGACGAAGCCGGUGGCGGCGGCGGCGGGGGGCGGGGGGAGCCGGCGGGGCGUGAUCACGCUGGGACCCGGAGGCACCAUCAAGGCCGUCAUGUUUCCACCGUCGGUGGGGGCGGCGGCAGUGGUGGGAGGCUGGAAGGUUAGGCGGCCGCUGGCGAGUGUGCUGAAGAUAGGACCCCCGCCUCUCGCUCCGAUCGCUCCGCAGCCGCAGAAAGCUGCGUUGCUGUCAAACGUCUCCGGUAAGUCAGCGAGCGCGAUCGCGAAAGCCGAACCGACGAAGGUGUCAGUGCAAGCUCCGACAGCCGGCGUCUCCAUUCCACCGCCAUCAUCGUCGCUACAGGUCACGACGGAGGCUUCAACGACGGCAGCCACCACCACCGAUCUCUCGACGAUAACGCUCCUGCCACCAACAACAUCCCGCGCGUCGUCAGCGUCCGGGCCGCCGGCGAUUCCCACCGCCGACGCCGUCCACAAACCCGCAGCAGCGGCGUCCUGCGUCGUCGUGGCAACGCCAAAAUCUUCCUCCUCUACAACGACGACUAUGCGGCGGCAGCAGACGAAGCUGGUGGAGGAUGUGUCGUUCUCGGGAAGCCCCGUGAAGACUUACCCCGGUAAGAAGACUCCGCCCGUCGAACUGAUAUGCGAGGGGCGUCGCGGCGGCGGCGCGGCGGCAGUGGAGAGACCGCCCGCGCAGCGCGGCCGGAAACGUGACGGCACGACGAUCAUCACGCUCGACGCCGAGUCAGUACAGGAAGGUGGUCGUCGCCGUGGAGACGGCAUCGCCGGCGCGCGGCGCGACGCGGCCACCCUAUGA